AAGAGGCAGGCAGCAGAGUUAGAGAGGGCGCAGAGAGGGCGAGGGAGGGAGAGAGGGGAGGGGCAGAGAGGGAGAGGGAGGGGCCGGGGAGCGAGAGGAGCAUCGGCGGGCGAGGAGGGGUCGUGCGAUUCCUUUUGCUUUUGCUCUCGAACUUUCUUUCGUCGUCUCGAGGUAAUUUAGAAUAGAUGCGAGAGGGCGAGCCGCACUAAGGAGGAGGAGGAGGAGUCGAGGAGCGCUCGCGCCCACGGGACGGAAGCUGAUGGUGAUGCGAUGCCGGCAGGAUGUGAGGGAGCAGGCGGAGGAGGCGAGGGGGAGGACGAUUGCCGAAAGGCGAAGGUGGAGAAGGUUGAAGAGCAUUUUUCUGUGCGCUAGUCGAUAGAUGCGGAGCAGAUGCAGAUGCAGGUCAGGUCGGGUGGGGUGGGGUGGAUGAGGCGGAUGCGUGGAGGCAGACUUAGCAAGGCAGACAGUCCGUCAGUCGGGCCGGCCUGAGAGACGGGAGAACACGAGCGGAUAUUAGCGAAAGAGACCCCGUUAGCUGUCGGAAGGAGGUCUAGGACAAGGCUGUGUGGAAACUGUCUGGGUUUCUCCACCGUCUCCUGAUUGCAGUGUGUGGAUCCAGAGCGUGGCCGUUGGAUCCCGUGCAGGUCUGUCACAUUCACCGGAGCCAUUUCGCGUUGUGCCUGGUGCAUUUCGUAUGAAAUUUGGUGAUCGUCCUGAAGGGCGUGAACAUAUCGCCCUGUGACAGGGACGGAGCCUUGGAGAAGGCGGUGGAAGCUGGUGUGAAUUAGACAUUGUUUCGCUCUCGGCUUUUUGUCAUCUGGCGUAUGAAUUGUUUCAGGGUUUAGGGUUAGGGAUCAGACAGACGGAAGUUGAACAUACCAAUGAAGACGUUGGAUCCUCUCUUUGAACAGCAGCAGGUGGAAAUGGCAGCAAUUAUUGCCCCGAGUACCCGGAAUUGCUGAUACCGUCUUGAUGGCUACAAUGCGUUAUUUCUGAGAACUCUUAGAAGCAGUGCUGCCCAAAUCUCUCACACAGAUGAGAUUAUUAGACCGCAGAGUCUUUGGAGAUCUGUAUUGGAAUCUGGAUUGCGAUUGUUAUACCUACCAUAUAGCUGGUACUUGGAGAGAAUGGUGGUGGUGGAGAAAGUGCUAGUUGUGGGAGGAAUUAUGUUAGUUGGAUACGGCGUAUAUGCCUUUACAUGCCGCUUACGACGACGAUGGCACUGUGUCGGAGGCCCAGAAGAGAAGAGGGAAGAAUUGACCGAACCCUUGGUAACCACCGAGGAAAAUCAAAGUACUAUUAAGCGCCAGAGUACAGCAAACAGCUCAGCAAAGCGCCUCAAGCCAAGUCCAUCGCAGGCAUCGCCCCAGGGUAUUGACAAACGUCCAAAAGAUGAAGAAUGGAUUGAGCCAGUUACAACGACAGCAUCAGGUCAUGGUGAUAUGGAAAGCAACGGCCUUCUACCUCCGGCCGAUGCCACUGCUCAGAGUACCAACUUGCAAUUGGAGGUUAUCUCUGGACCAUCAGCUGGUGUGCACAUUUCCCAACAAUCAAAGAAGGGUUCAGGCCUCACGUUGACCGUUGGACGAAUAUUACAGAAUGACUUGGUGCUCAAUGAUCCUGAAGUUUCAGGGAAGCAUGCUCUUAUAAGCUGGAAUUCCAAGAUUUCCAAAUGGGAGCUAGUUGACAUGGGCAGCUUAAAUGGUACUCUUGUUAACUAUCGUUCGGUGGCUGCCACUCAUGCCCCAAAUGCGCCCAUCCGACAGCGGGGAAACCCUGUAGGGCUUGUCAAUGGAGAUAUUGUUACCCUAGGCUCUACUUCCCAAGUCCUGGUAAGAAUUCUAAGCGGCAAAAAAAGUGCCCAUUUUGCCAUUGCCUCCACACCUUUUGGAGUGGGUCUGGCUGCUGAUCCUAUGACUACUCGUAGAGGUGGAAAGCAGCUGCCUAUGGAGGAUGUAAACUUGGCCGAAUGGCCUCUUCGUGGUUUUCAAGAGUUUGGUGUGUUCUGUAUCUUCGAUGGCCAUGGUGGAGCCGCGGCUGCCGAAGCUGCUAGCAGGUUGAUGCCUCAGAAGUUGUCGGACAUUCUGAGUGACGAAGAGAAAAGAUCCAGGGUCAUCAAUGAGUGUGACGCCACCGAAGUACUCCAAGAAGCCUUUAGAGAAACGGAGGAAGAAAUUGAUGGUGAAUAUGAGGGCUGCACUGCUACAGUUCUCCUCCUUUGGGCCGAAGGCCGGGACUAUUACGCUCAGUGUGCCAAUGUCGGAGACUCGGCAUGUGUGUUUUGCAUUGGAGACAAACACAUACCGGUUACGGAGGACCAUAGAUUAACAAGCUUCUCCGAAAGGUGUCGACUCUUGGAGAUGGGGAAGCAGCUCAGGGAAGGAGAAACACGACUCUGUGGUAUGAAUAUAGCUCGAGCUCUCGGAGACAAGUUUCUGAAAGAGCAAGACGACAGUUUCUCAUCGCAGCCUUAUGUCAGCGAGGUUUUAAAACUUGAACCGGAGAGCCGCGCUCUUGCAGUUAUGGCCAGUGAUGGACUUUGGGAUGUCAUGAGCUCCAGGAGAGCGCUGAAUUUUGCCGUCGAGGCUCGAGAUGGUAAGUGCGCAACUGCUGAAGGUAGGAAAGUUCCACCUCAAAGUGCGGAAGGUAUAGCGGAUAUGCUUGUAAGCAAAGCACGAGCAUUGCGGACCAAGGAUAAUACAAGUGUCAUUGUAUUGGACUUUGGGUGUAAUAGUAAGCUCAAUUUCCGGACCCUUUGACUUUGACGUGGAAUAUUUCCUCCUCGGAAACUUUUGCUUUAGAGUGUCGGAUAUAUUGCAUAGCCUAGCCCCUCACCCGCCCUCCCCAUCAAGUCUUGUUGACAAAGGGAAGAGAAUGUGGUGCAAAGUUAAACAACUUUGGCUUGUAUUCAAAAUUAUGGAAGGUGUACACAAAGGCCGGCCCACUUUUGCCACUGAGAGGAUUAAGCGUAUUGUAUCUAUCAUCAAUUAAGGUAGCGUAGCAACCUGAGCUAGUUUUUGUGUCCGACCAUUGUUACUCUUUCAGAUAGAUUCUGUAAUCACCAAUGACUAGGUACUAGGAUUCUGAGUAGGAGCUUAUUUUGUAGAUUGGAGAACUUUCAGCAGUCCCUGGAGUGAUGCUACCUCUCACAAUCAAAUCAUCUUGAAGCUUCAAAGUGAUGGUGGCAGAAUAUUUAAUAGACUUCCUUGAAGCUGGAGAGUGUGUAUUCGUUUAAGCGGGACAGUUUAUACGGUCUUAGUGUUACCCCGUGUCUGUAGAAGUAAUCUAACUGAAGCGAUUCUAGUGAGGUGAGGCGAGGUGAGGAUAUCUAUAUCUACCUCGCUCAGGGGACUGUCGAAUCAGUUUUCUUGACUUAGCCAUCCAUGUGAAUACGUUACUGGUUUACUGAAAGAAAGAAACUUUGUACACAAUCGCAAGAGUUGGCUUCCUUACUUCGGGUGUCUUACGAUGUGUAGAACAAAACAAGAAAAUACAGCUGUACUUCUUGUUGUGUACCGAGUUGAAGAAAUGGUCCAUGCUCAUCUCUUGAGCUGUGAACCCUUUUUGUCGACCACGUCCCUUGUUAGCCAAUAUCUCUAUCCUUCUAUUACUUGAAUAAAUAUUCCCGUGUAUUGC